AUGUUUGGUUGGCCGUCAUUGACUACACGAUCAUAUUUCUGGCUUUUAUAUGCGUUGUCUGCUCUUUUUGCCAUAUAUUGUUUAAGAGGGCCGUUGAAGAUACCAGAUGGUAAGGAUAUUGGAAUACUUUCUCACUGUUCUUAUUUGAUAAUAUACUGCUUGGAAAAAUAAUGGUUUUUUUUUUUGAUUUCAGUGUUUUCGCUGUCUUCGUAUUUUAACAACCUCACGCCGAAGUUCUACGUCGCGCUAACGGGUACAUCUAGUCUGGUGUCCGGCAUUAUUCUUAUAUUCGAAUGGUGGUAUUUUAAAAAGUAAGUGUCUCAGGGCAAAAGGGAAGUGCCGACGCACCUGGGCCUUGCUAAUUAUCUCUGGCUUUUCACUUUUGUGCUCGUGGGGGCCCGGGGGUUGGCCAACUUGUGAGCCGCGCACCUGGGGUUUUCACUUAUUCGGGUCCAAGACAUAUCAGCUGCAGUUUAUAUCUAAUUUCUUGUAAAUUUAAACGUGUCCAUGGGUAAUGCGCAAAUGUAAGCGGAUUUUUAUAAGUGGUUAAAAGUCAGUUGUUUGCAAACGCUAUUUAACCUUUUUAGUAACAACCUCGAAAAUGGAAUGGAUCUUGAGGAUCAGAGUGAUGGCGAAGACUCUUUAGAGCAAAACAGUAAGUUUUUCAAAUAUUGUAUUUACUUUUUAGAAUGCGAAACUGGCCCUGAGGAGCUUUCUAAUGAUUGUAAAGUUUGGAGAAAUCCUACGGCGCUCUUUAGAGGCGCUGAAUAUCAAAGGUUUAGUAAAAUGACGCAGAGAGAUCCUUUAACAUUUCAUGAUCUGAACUUAUCAGCCCAAGAUCAUCAGCAAAUAUUUUGCUGUGAGCAGGAUGCAGGAAGAGAAGAUUACGAAAGUAAGUCUUUCUUUUGUUUAAGUCUAUAAUACACGGUUUCUUUCUAUAUUUUAUUUUGUUUUAGUAAUGCAACUGGCAUGGAGAGAGCGUGACGGCUCUAGCCGGAUAAAAGCUGCCAAACGAGCUUUAGAAAUUAAUCAAGACUGUGCGCCAGCCCUUAUUUUAUUAGCCGAGGAGGACUGCGAAACGUUGAAUGAAGCUGAGGAACUUUUAAGGUAUAUUUUCUCCUUAUUUUGACACUUUGUUUUAGGAAAGCACAGAGACCCGCUGAGAUUGCUUACCGAAGAAGUCAGGCACUCGGGCAAUAUGAUCCUGAUUCGGCCGAGAGAACCAGAGAUAUGAACAUGCUCGUGUUCAUUCGAAGGAGAAUAGCUAUGAUUUUGAGAAGACAAGGGCGAUUACGGGAAGCAAUCAAGAUUAUGAGAGAUGUACGUUUUUUUACAAUAACAGUGUAAAAUCAGCGUUUUUAACCGACCGGCUUUAAAUUUUUUGCGUAGAUAGAACAAUUUCACAUGACAAAAAUGACGGCAGUUUGACAAUGUGACUGACGCAUAAAGUUGACGACUUAACAGCCCUUUUAAAUAUCGUUGCAAUCCCUGAAUAUUUGUGCAGCGAAACCUUAAUUUUUUGUUAAUUUUUGCAGAGCUGGUUGUUAUUCUACUAAACUCAUGUUUGCGUUGUGAUUUGUGAAAUUAGGUACUGCUACUUUUUCCGGGGUUAGCUUUCUGCGUGAAAUCUGAAAUACGCACAAAAUUUUACAAAAAAAAGCGAAAGUUAAAGUGUUUUUUAAUGUCGCUUGUCAUAUUCGAUUUGACAAUCCUGGUUUUAUUCUGUCAUUAUUAUCGAAUUACAGUUAAUAAAAGAAUAUCCUUUGAUGAAUGUGAUGAAUAUCCACGAGAAUCUAAUAGAAGCUUUGUUGGAACAACGGGCGUAUGCCGAUGCGCAGGCUGUCCUCGCCAAAUAUGAUGGUAAGAACAGUCCGAUGUGCCUAGAUUAUAUAGUUUUCGAAUUUGUAAUCAUUUUGUUUUUAGAUAUAGCCCUUCCAAAAUCAGCAACAAUAUGUUUUAGCUCUGCCUUAUUGAAAACACGGUUAAUCGCGGAUAAGUGAGUUAUAUUUUGGUUUUAAAUUGACGUUUAGAUUUGAAACGGAUUCCUUGAGGCGUCGAGGAUUCUCUUCGGCUGAAAUGAGUGCCGUUGAAGCGAUCCAUAGGGCCGUCGAAUUCAAUCCUCAUGUGCCUCUGUAUCUCCUCGAAAUGAAGCCUUUGAUCCUACCUCCCGAACACAUUUUGAAAAGGGGAGAUUCUGAAGCCAUAGCUUACGCCUUUUGGCAUUUGCCCCAUUGGAAACGGGUUGAUGGAGCUCUUCAAGUCUUGCAAUACACUUGGGAAGGAAGUAAGUGUGGCCAAUGUAGUGUUAAUAUUGGUUUCUUUAGCGUUUCGGUUGAUCCCUAAUCCUACGGAAAAGGGGCAUCUUUUCUAUCCGUACCCUCCAACCACCGCCGCGUCCGAAAGAGAACUACUCCCUGGUAAGUUACGGUAUUAUUGCAGACCACUGUUUAGGUUGGCAUGAGAUGUCGAUAUACCCAAAACGCAGUUUUCCGUUUGGAACCAUCUUAACGACUCUUCUGUGUAUAGCUGUGGCCAUCUCCGCGAUCGUCCUUCAUCAUUUCCCCCAAUCCCUCAAUGAAGUCGUCGACAAAUUUAGUGUUUAUUUAAUGGCCAUAUCAAGCUCCUUGGUUGAGUACAUUUACAACUUUGUGCCCGAAAACAUCCCCGCCUUAAUUGCAUCAAAGAGUCCGACACCGGCUGUCUCCAACCAGCCAGUACGGGCCUGA